ACAAAGAGUGGGACUAGUUAUAUAACAUCGUUAGGUGAUCCUCCAUUAUUUGAGGCUUGUAACAUGAAAGGUUACAAUGGAUUUAUAAUUGGGCGGAAAGCAAAUAUCUUCUCAACUUUAAUAGUUGUAUGCUUCAUCAGAACAUGCGAAGGCGACCCUCCCGUCUGGGCCACGCCGUCCACCUCGACGUCCAUCUCCAUCAGUGAGAACACGGCCACGGCUGUCUCCGUCUACCAGCUCACGGCUACUGACGCGGACGGCGACAACGUUUCUUACACCUUGACGAGUGGUUCUGGUUUCAGCGUCAUCAGUGACGUAGUGUACACCAACACGGCGUAUGAUUACGAGACAACGACGUCAUACGCCUUACAGUUCACGUAUGUAGGAUGUUCAAGUGUCUUGUUGCAAUGUAUGUGUUAUGUUAUUGGAAUAUAA